AUGGGCGCCAUCAGUCACAUCGUGAGAAAUCUGCCAAACACUGAUGAAAAGUUGAAACGACAGACGUUAUGUGCCCUGAGUAGCUGUGCAAAACACAGCUCGGAGAUAGCCGAGGUGGUUGUGGAAGCGGAAAUAUUCCCCGACGUCUUGAUACAUCUCACCCAUCCCAGUGUAAACGUCAAGAGAAACGCCGCAUGCUUGAUACGAGAGAUAGUCAAGCACUCGUUGGAAUUAACGCAGUUGGUGGUUAACUCCGGUGGAAUUGGAGCCUUGGUGGAAGUUGUAGGCCACUGUGAUGACGACGUGAAAAUUCCCUGCGUUACGGCACUGGGUUUCAUGGCGGGUCACUCUGAACAGCUGGCCAUGUCCGAACUAAAUUGCAACCUACUGAUUUCAUUGGUCGAUAUUUUGAACCAAUCAAACAACGAUCCUCUAUUAUGCGUCACCACUUGGACCCUGGGACAGAUUGGCAAACAUAGCCCUGAAACGUCCCAUACAAUCGCUGUCACCGGAAUUUUUGACAAGCUAAACCAGUUCACUGUAGAUCCAAGAUCAUCGGAAGAUUUAAAAUGCAAGGCAAGAAAUACUUUAAAAUUGUGUCUUCAAAAGUGCAUGUUGUUGUCAUCAUUGGAACCACUAUUAUUCAGUGCAGAUCCAAAUAUAUUGAAGUACGUUUUGGGGCAAUACAGUAAGGUAAGCAUUUCCAGUGUAUAAAAAAAUCGUUACGGUCCUGUCCAGUAUCUCCCUUUCCUUUUAA